GGGUAAGUUUCACUUGCCGUUCGCAACGCGGAUGGAAUCAUUUCAUCCUUAUUUUUCAUUGAAAGUUAAACAAAGAUAGGUAACGCUCACGAGCGUUGCGAACGGCAAGUGGAACUUACCUCCCUCCACUUGCUUGUGUGCAUUCUGUAUCCCACCCAACACUGCUCUCCUGUCUCAUAGUGCUCCAUACGAAGUGAAUUAACACUUUAACUUCCAAGAGCUUUAGUAAAAAUACUAAUUUCAAGAUGACUAUGGCAAUGCUGCAACGUCGCGCCAAUGUAAGGCUACCACCUGAGGUAAACAGAGUGCUGUAUAUCCGUAAUUUACCGUAUAAAAUUACGGCUGAAGAAAUGUAUGACAUUUUCGGCAAAUAUGGAGCUAUUAGGCAAAUUCGAGUAGGAAACACUGCUGAAACAAGAGGCACAGCAUUUGUCGUAUAUGAAGAUAUAUUUGACGCAAAGAAUGCGUGCGAUCAUUUGAGUGGUUUCAAUGUAUGCAAUCGUUAUUUGGUGGUGUUGUAUUAUCAAAGCAAUAAGGCAUUCAAACGUAUCGAUGUUGACAAAAAGAUGGAAGAUCUGGAUAAAUUGAAAACAAAAUAUAAUCUAAAUGAGGAAAAAAAAUAAGUGACUUGCAAGAACUAUGAAUUAUUAAUAUACAAACAGAAGUAUUUAUAAAACGCACUACAUUCAUAUGGAUAUUAAUAUGUGUACAAACUCUAAAAAUUUGUUGUGUAAGUAAAAUAAUCAAGUACAAAAAUAAUAUUUGUAUGCACACUUAUAAAUUUGAUACAGAGAUGAUAAGAAUAUUAUUAAUAUAAGUUAUUACAAAUAUUACUGUAAGUUUUAAAUGUAUAUUGGAUAAUUAAGUGUGAAUGUAAGAUAUUGAAGAGUUAGAUUUACUGUAUGAUGUGUAAGUUAGCAUGUGAUGGAGGUAUAUCUGACGACAAGCAGGAAGAUAUAAAUAUAUAAGUUGCUCAACGACACGAUAACAAUA